CGGCAUUCCCGAGCGCUUCGGUAAUCAGAGGCGAGGCGUUGCCGCCACCGCAGCAGUGAGUGUGUGCGUGUGACUCGUCAUCGGCGCGGUGCUGCGCCGCGGCAUGCCGUGAGAGGGAGGCGAGAGAAAAAAAAUGCGCGUCGCGACGGCCUCCUCGACAACGCGAGCGACGACAAUACCCGCCGAGGCAGCGAGAUGCCGUUCCGACUCAAGCUCAAGAAGAGCAAGCACUACAGCGUCGUUUCGAAAAGUCUGUGCGUCAUCGCUGUCAAACUACUCGAGAACGCGACGGUCGAGUGCAUCGUCUCUUCUCGGACGGCGGGACGCGAGUGCCUGCAGAAUGUGUGCCAGCGACUUCAGAUCACGCAGCCCGAGUAUUUCGGCCUGCGGUACCAGACUCGUGACGGCCAGCUACGAUGGGUGGACUUGGAGCGACCGCUCAAGAAGCAGCUCGACAAGCACGGCGCCGCGCCGUCUUCGCGCGAAGGCGGCGGUGGUGGCGGCGGCUGCUGCAGCCUCCAACUGGGCGUCAUGUUCUACGUUCCGGACGCCGCGCAGGCGCGCCGUCUCCUCCAGAGUGACGUGACGCGCUACUACUACUUCUCGCAGCUCAAGAGCGACGUGAUCGAGGGCAAGCUGCCGUGCGACCGCCGCGAGGCGAUACGGCUGGCCAGCUACAGCUUGCAGGCUGAGUUUGGAGACCACCGGCCCGAACACCACACGGCCGAGUACCUACGAAACUUCGUCCUCUUUCCCAAGUCGGUGCUACUCGCUUGCGCCAACGAAGAAGAGGAGGCAGCGCUCCUCGAUGAAAUCGUGAAUGCCCACCGGAGUCUUCAAGGCUUGGACCAUGCGACCGCAGAAAUGCACUACAUACAGACCGUGCAGAGGCUUGAAGGCUACGGCGAAGAACGCUUCGAAGUGCGCAACCCCUCCUCGGGGGUCGACAUGGUCCUUGGUGUGUCUGUUCAGGGAGUGACGGCGCGACGGGUGCGCCGUAGCGGUGACCAGGACAACUCGCUGGGCACAGUGCACCUGUCUCCAGGCGAAGAGCAACAGCCACAGCUGGCGGUGUACCAGUGGAGCGAAAUCGUGGAUCUCAUCCACCACAAACGAAACUUCAAGAUCGUCGGCCGCGACGCGGCACACUCCUCGCAGUUCCAGCUCGAAGACGUGAGCACGGCGAAGUACAUCUGGAAGAUGUGCGUGCAGCAACACGGGUUCUUCAUGAGCAUGCAGGAGUCCGCAGCAGCGGCACCUGGAGGCAUGAUGGGAGAGACCUACACGCGAGCGCCCAGUAUCAACAUUGGCGGGGGCGAGAGCUUCCGCUGGACGUCCUUGCCGGACACGGAGAAUACUGGUGAGGAACGUGGGACAGAUGUUGGAGAAAGCCGGGAAUCGCUUGACGAGUUGGCCGUUUACCACACUGAGACACGGAACAGUGAAAACUACGCAUUUGCAGGAAGCACCAGCGAACUGGUUGACCCAAACCACAAUGGCUACGACCACCAUCCGACCAACCCUGUUCCCGUCUGUGAGAAUGUCGCUGCUUCGACGGAGCACAUUUCGAUGCGCAAUGAAACUGGUCAGCAGGCAAACAGUGUGCACCACUCCUACGUGAGCCUUCCCCGCAGCUCCGAAAGUGCCACUGAUCUGCGGCGAGCGCUUUUGCCAUCGUACCGACAGGCCCCUGACUAUGAGACCGCCGUUCUCAACAAGUACGGAGUCACGAGCUGCAGCCUCAACGACCUUCCUCUUGAAACUCAACAGAACAGCCAGGUGUAUCACCAGCAGCAUCCUGCGACAGCUUCAGCAGUGUCGAAUGAACUCGACAUUAGCUUGUCUCGCUCCUGCAACCCUCUACUUCCGCCGCUGUCUUACACACAUUAUGGCAACUUCGCCGAUUUGACCGAACUCGGUGACUCUAUGUCUUUCGGUGACCUGGCAAACAACAACAACAAUCGCAUUGAUGGCAUUGCACAUGGCAGGGCACCGCCGCUACUCGCUCCACCAUUGCACACAUACAGCACUCCGGAGUUGACAUCUCAGGGAUUGUCGUACGAAGUCAACCCAGCGCAGUUGUUUGCCAACAUGCACCUGAACUACCAGUACAAGCCACCACCACCAUAUCCAUAUGGCCAACGACCCAGCGCAAGCACACCGGAUCUGACGCGUAACCAUCACCAGCUUCGGGCAAGUGCGAGCCCAGACCUGGUAUCCCGUCGUCACCUUAGCCAGAGCACUAUCCAAGGGUCAGAGCCAAGUUUACCACAUUACCAGGCAGCUGUCAAUGGAAACGUGACGUCGGAGACUCUGAGGUCGAUUGUGGAGCCUCCGAGACCGGUGCUUCCUACCUACGUGCCGGUCGGAGAGUCGUGGAAUGCACAGGUGUCUGGAGUUGCCCAGCCCCAACGGAUUCAGGUGUGUGUCAGCACCCCAACGACACGAGAACAAGUGGUGGCAGCGAUGGCCAAGCCAAUAGAUUCCACUCCAGUGCCACCUCCCCGAAAGCAGGUUACAGAGGAAAAACGGGCGCCGCUGAGCCAAGAAGCAUCACCAGCACAUCCACUAGGUCCCAUGAUGGUGGCAGCCAUGAACGGUCUAACUCUGACAGUAGCCCAGCCAGACCAGCUGCUUACAGGUGACCAGGACAAUGUAGACCAGGAGUCGCCCAGCACGUCCAAAGAAUUACGGCCCGAACAAAUUCUCGAAAGCCGAUUGGAGGAUGGUCAAGUGUUCCUCGAGUUCGAGCGCAUUGCCAAGCGCAAGCCCAAUGCCGACUUCACGACGGCACUGCUUUCAGAAAACACCACUCGCAAUCGUUUUAGUGAUGUCCUUCCGUACGAAGAGAACCGCGUACGACUGACUCCGACACCUGACAAUCGAAGUGGCUACAUCAAUGCCUCGCACGUUUCAGCAAGUGUGGGCGACAGCCAGCGUUUUUACAUAGCAGCGCAGGGACCCACGCGGGAAACUGCCAAAAGCUUUUGGCAAAUGGUCUGGGAAAACCAUGUGGGUGUGGUUGUGAUGCUGACAGAAACUGAGGAUGAACACGGCCGUGAGAAGUGCUUUCAGUACUGGCCUACGGCUGACGGCGAUGAUGCGGCCCUUUCGUUUGGUGAAUACCGAGUAGCUAGGAAGGGUGUCGUGUCUUCCGCUGUGGCUGUGACGACCUCGCUGACCCUGAGCAAAUCCCAAGGUGUUGCCUGCAGCCACCGAAAUGUCUGGCACCUCCGCUACACGGACUGGCCCGACCAUGGCACUCCUGGCGACAUUCAGGGAUUUCUCGGUUUUAUGGAGGAAGUGGACUCUGUGCGCCGACUGGCCUCGGGUGACCAGCGUCUUCUGCGGACGCGCAACACCCCAAUGGUGGUGCACUGCACCGCGGGCGUGGGCAGGUCGGGUGUGGUGAUUCUGUGUGACAUCUUGCUCUUCUGUCUGGAUCACAACGUUCCGGUGGACGUACCGAGGGCGCUGAGCUCUGUUCGAAUGCAGCGUAUGCUCAGCGUGCAGACUCUGGCGCAGUACAAGUUCGUUUACCACGUGUUGAUACGGUACCUACGGAACUCGCGCCUUAUAUGAGCUUUAGUGCAGUAGUUAUGUUGUUUCUUUGCCGGAGCAGAAGGCACUGACGGUAUGGCAUUGCCAGCAACACAACCAGCUAGUUUGGUCAGUAGCAGUUUUUAUUCAUAGAAAGCAUGACGAUGACGGCAACUGGUUGCGCAAAUGCAAUACCCCUCUAGUACCUCUUUUUGAAAUUGCCCCCCAUGAGGUGUUCAUCAAUUAUGUAGCUUUUAAACAGUGAUGUGCUUCCUACGUAAUGCCACAUUACAAAAAUGGAGUACUGAUCAUCCAUGCUGCAAAGAAAUCAAAAGCUGUUGCUAUAUCACCUUUAUUUAUCUUUGGUUAUGCUGGUGAACAAAAAGCAUACACCUCGCCUUGAACGCCACUGGCAUCUGCUUGAAGUAAUGAAGUGCUGUCAAGUCUUUCAAGUGCACUUUCCGAGAAAAUCUAAGGUUGUCGGCUGUAUGCCGAAACGUGUCACUGCAGUCAAGUUUUGGUGUUGUUUCUACUUAGAUUCUGCAAGACGCGAUUCCCUCUGCUUGUGGCAGUGAACUGUGCCAUUGUUAUACGAAUGGAAGGAAAGGUCUUCACUGUUUAUCCUUGUAUGUAUAGCAGUGUGGUUGUGAAGUGCCCGACCUGCUUGUGCUGACUUGGAGCUGAACGACACGUAAAUCUCAAAUUCCUCCGAUCAACGUUUGAAAACACCACUGGCAUCGCAAAAUCGUUAGCAGGCUUUUGAGGCCUUGCAACAGAGACGUUAUACCUGCGUAGUUACUGCACACCACCUGGGAACUUUGUGAACUUUCUCGUUAUGUUGGUCAGCAUUCAUGUUACUUGGAAUGUCCUUGCCUACAGUUCAGCACACAGUGGCACCCGAGUUAUUGGUGUCUUUAGUACAUUGACAAAGUUUUGGCAGCAAACAGCUUUUUGCGGCCGAGCGAUUCACAUGGGUCACAUCUUUUCGCUACAGCCAUUGAAGAAACGUCCUCGGGGACAGUCGGUGUUUGGUUGCCUUGGAAUCAUUAUUAUUGUUAGCUGUCAAGCAAAGUCAAGUAGUUGAAAUUACACUCGUGCCUUCCCAGAUUUUUCAGUUGAGGCAAAUUAUUCAAUACCUCGUAUGUCCAGUAACCUUGGCACUGGCUGCCUUUAACAUAAUAACUCGUUUUUGAAUCCAGUGCCUGGAAUGCUGCACGAAUAAGGGAAGUGUAAACAUUCGUUCACGACAUGAUCAGGCAUGCCUUUUUGUGCAGGAGUAGCCUUAGCCUGAAACACAUGUUCUAUACCGUGGCUGAAAGUGCAAGAUGAAAAAGUUGGCAAAUCGAAAAGAUUUAUGUUGUACAGGAUUAGCACAGGACAAAAAUGCUAAGCCAAUCAAUCAGUGGCUGUGGAGGUAAUACUUGCAGGUGAGAUCACAUGUACAUAUCGUUCUAACACUAAUAAAGCACGUCUUAGUUCAUGGCACACGAUAAGCGAUGUACAAUAUGGGUGAAUUUUGAAAUGACAAGGUAUUGCUCUACUGAGAAGUGUUGCAACUGAAAAUACACUUGAGAAUGCUGCAUGAAAUUGAAGCUGAGAGGUGCCAUCAUAGUAUCAAGAAGCUGUUAAUAACAGUUUCUCAUAUUUACACUUGGUACAUCGUCCGAGCAUUAAUUGCAUAUUGUGCAGCCUCAUACAGUCUUUCAAAUUGAGUGUGGUAGCCUCUAUACUUUGUGCCGGUGGUUGCUUCUAGGUAGGACUAUGUGGACAGAGAGAGAAAUAAGUGAUUGCAAUAUAUACAGCUGUGCCUAAUACACAUUGCGAUUGUUUGGUGUGUAUGACGUAAAUGUGUAAAUCUGCACGGGUUUGCCAUUCGUCGUUGGCAAUGUUCGAAAGCAUUCGCCUGCUCUCUUGCACUCUUUUACAUUGCUGGUUUCAGGCAAAUGUGACUUGUUUUGGUACAAACGCGAACAUGGUUGAUAGGCCGAUAAUGCAGUAGUGAAGAAAGGUGAAAUUAGGAAAGCCGAUCACAGUGUAAGGUACCUACAUACUGUUUAGGUGUGAUUCACAGCCAGCCCAAUAAAGUAGCAAUAGCACACCAGUUGGUCCAGUGAUGGCAGCGAAAAUCCAUCGGCAAUUUAGGGGUGUGUUUGACAGAUUUGCCCUCCCAUAGGCAUGGCAGCCAGCACUUCGUGGAAAAUCCGGAGUGCUUGAGCCACUUUAUGCAGACUGGUUAGUGGCAAAAGGGGAGACUGCACUUGCUCUACAUGCCUCCACAGCUAGUAAGGUGCUAAACCAAGACUCUCACCUGUAUAAAACUGAAUUUGGAUUUCCCUGAAGACCUGGUUGCAGUGAAAACUCGAGGUCCAAUCUUUUCUUCCUGAAGUUGUGUCACAGAUCUAAUGAACGGGCACGGCGUGUGUAAACUCGGUUCGUCAUACUGUCGCUUAAUUAUCUGGAUAAAUGCACCUAACCGGUGUCCUCACUUAAUGGCUAUAUAUACUUGGCACCAUGCCAUGUACUAUUUGAUCUGCUUGUCGACUUGGUAUGAGUAUGAUAGUUUUUUGAAGUGCCAUGGUGCUGUAAAUUGGAGCCUGACGUGGUUGAACUCCUUAUGCCACAGGAGCAAUGCAGUUCGAAAGGCAGGGAAAUAGAGUAGAGCCCCUCCAAUUCGUGGUUCACACAACCGCAGCAAAAAAAAA